GGUAAAAGCUGGGACCAAUCUGAAUACUGUUUUGGAUAGCCCGAAGAUUUUUGUAACAGAUGAGGUGCAUAUCGCCGUUUCAUGAGAAAAGUUGAUAAUAGUUUUUCACGCAACUGCAGUCGAUCUACGAAUGGCUACAAAGGGCGUGAAAAUUAUCAAAACAUUCCUGUGACAAAGUGUAUGAGCUUUGCUUAAGGACUUUGAAGUCGGACGAGAAAUUUGCGGAAAAAGGUAAAUGGCUUUUGUUGAACUGGUGGCGAAAAAUGAAAAGUAAUUUUUGUUUGAAAGACACCAGAAGGAAUUUUUGAACGUGGGAAGUGUUGGAAAGUGAAAAGAGAAGCAUUUUCACUCAAAAUCAUAUUGUGCCAUUUUCUAGCAGAAACCGUUCCCUGUCCUUUAACAAUUCAACAACAUUUUCGAUAAGUUGUACUCGAACAAUUUUAACGUUUAUAGCAGAAUAUGUUUUGGGAUGAAAGAAUAAUAGGAAGCAUGUUCAACAUGUGUCAACUUCAACUCCUUAUUUAUUAAGCGUAGACAUCGUUGAAAUCUCUUGUUUUAACUCUUCUCUUAUCACUACUUUUGUGAUAUACAAAACCAUUAGAUAUUACAAUAUUUUGAAAUAUCUAAUGAGUAGUUUUUGUUUGAAUUUUAGUCAUUAUGUUAAUAAAUAUUGACAUUAUCACUAUCAUUGGAAUUGAUAAAAAAUUAUUUCUGCUGAUAAUAGCACUCUUCUAUGAAUUAAUCUCACUGUCUGCAACGGUAGAGAAUCAGUUUGAAGUUCGUGUGAAAAAAGCACAUAUCGUUUUAUUUGGUCGAUUUAACUGGGAUAUACCAGCGAGCAACGACUUAUUAACCAAUUUACAGACAAAACAAAAUACUUUUGAGUUCUCUAAUUAUUGUAUGAUAAAAAGCAACAAAGAUCUAUCAAAUACAGUUCAAAUUACAAUUCAAAAUGGUUUGUAUGCCGCGAUUAAAUUUCUGAAAAACAUCGUUAUAUAAAAUUUCUUUAGAAAUUAUAAAUGAAUUAUACGGAAAAACAUGGUUUGUACUGUUUCCAGAACUCAGAUUUGGAAAAAGUUUGUUUAUUACCAAUAGAAGUGAUGCAUUACAUUUAGAAGAAGAAAUACAAUUACAAAUUUUUGAACAAUUUUGUUUUUUACAGCCUAGACUACCGUUAGGUACAAAAAUAAAACAAGACGAAUUACUUGAAUUGAAAACAUUUAUAACAAGUACCACUGCAAAGAAAAAUUUGAUUAAACGUCGGACAGUCAUAAGACCAAAGAAGCGCAUUGUGAAGUAG